CUGACCUGGACUUCUUUGGAGGACAGUUACAUUACCCCUUGUUUGUUGUCAGGGUGCCAGCGGGGAACUGAGCGAGGAAGCUCCUCUCUCUCUGUCCCCUUUCGGGAGCGGGCUCUGCUCGGACGGGGUGGUGCUGAGCUGGGGAGAGUGUGGUUCUCAAGGUGUGGAAGGAGGGAAGAGAGGGAGAACUGGAGUCUAAGAGCCAUCCAAGCAGCACCUGACUGGACAUACAGACUAGACGGACCAGGUAGCCCAGAAGCAUGGGGGCAUCUUAUGGAAAGAAAAAGGCCUACACUAUUGAGCAGCAGCAACAACACCAGGCGCAGCAGAGUGUGAAAAAUGGAAGGCACGUGAAUGGCACAGCGUCGGCCUAUGCAGACCUUCAGUGGGAGCAAAUUCCCGCUCACGAUGGCAGCCAGAAGCACCGUCAGGCCCAUCCCCAGGGGGAGCCGCCCCAUGCCUCCAGCUACGUGCCCCAGCCAGAUUACACGGAGGCUGAGGAUGAUCUCAUCAAACCCAAAAAGCUCGUUAAUCCAGUGAAAUCCUCCAAAAGCCACCAGGACCUCCAUCGAGAACUGCUCCUGAGUCACAAACGAGGUGGGGUGAGUGUGGAGACCAAGCCCGAGCUGCAGCGCGUGCUGGAGGCCAGGAAGAGGGAGCAGAUGAUCAAACAGAGAAAAGUGGAGGAUGAUGCCAGGAAGAAGGUCUCUCCUCUGGAACAGGAGCUCCAAAAGAGGCACAAAAAACUGGAAGAGCUGGAUAAGGAGCAGGAGAAGCUGGAGGAAGAGACGGGGAGAGCGCCGGAAUUUGUCAAGGUCAAGGAGAACUUGAGACGCACGUCAUUCCACAGUAAAGGAGAGAAAGAAGUGUAGAGACCAAACUGACAUGCUGGAGACUGCUGGAGGUCAUACACAUACAGUGUGAGGACAUUCAGGACUGCUCAGAGACUGGGCACUGGGCUGCAGUGAGUGCAAAACUCAAGACAACCGCUGGGCACUCUUCUUCCUGCUGUAAGGACUACCUGACAGUCCGCAAAUGCCUUCACUAUCACACUGAAAGACUCUAUACAGGACUGAUGCUUAGCCGUAUGAGGUUGUGACAGGAUAGAGAAUGUGAGGAAGAGGGGCCAUUCAGUAAAAUAGACAGAAAGGGUUUGGUCCAUGUCCAAUUCAAUACCCAAAUGAUCUCUGUAUGUCAGACUGUGCUGCUGUACACUGUUAAGCAUGAUAACCAGAUUCAGUGUGUAAGCUAAUGUGAGCAGAUCAUUAUUUUGGGGCAUUUUUUGGUGAGAUGUUAUCUUUGGUCUAAGAGCUGUGCGGCCGAAAGAGCAGGAAAGAGAGAGAGAGAGAGAGAGAGAGAGAGAGAGAGAGAGAGAGAGAGAGAGAGAGAGAGAGAGAGAGAGAGAGAGAGAGAGAGAGCUUGCUAAUGAACUGUGACAAGAACACCCUAGUGUAAAUGGGGUGGUUUUUAUCUUAGAGAUCAAGUUCUUGGACUAAUCCUUAAUCAUCCUCCCUGCGCUGGUUAUUUCAAGUUCACAUUCACUGUGUGGCAUUGACAAACCACAUUUGCCCUUCAGGAGCUAAUGUUAGAUUGAGCGUAUUUAUGUGUGUAAAAGAAGUCAGUAUUAUAUACAUGUUUGUAUCUAUUGCUUAACAGUUAGGUCUAGAGCUCAGGGCUGCAAUGACUGUCAAGCUAAUGUGUUCGAUGAGACCAAACUAAAGCUGGUGUUCAGAGCCAGUAUAUCACAAUUCAGUUAAUCAUUUGACGAUAUUACUUUCCAUUUGAAACUGUUUAUUAUUGUCAAGAAUCAUGUUCUCGUAAACAGACUACUCAAGUACACAUAAAUGUUAACAUUAUUUUCACUUCUACAAGGGUAAUGGUCGUCUUAUGCUAAUCUCCUUUACAAAAUUAUACAUCUGGUAUAUGAGUUUGAUAUGGCGUUGAAAGAUGUGUUGUCCCUUUAAGUGCCUUCCUAUUACAAGCCAUCAGAAUUAAUUGUUACAAACCAAGGACAACAAAAUCCCACUUUUGUACAUAAAAUCUUCAGAAAGUUUGACUGCAUCUCUAGCACAAUAUAAGACAUGUUGCUGUGGCUGUGUGUAUCUUUCAGAGACAUGAAUCACAAGACUCUGUCUAUAGUUACCUAUAUCUAUUGUUAUACACACUAAUGCAAUGAGCUGAGAUGUUUUUUUAUUUCAUUUCAAAAUGAUUGAAUGGCACUUUAGAAAUUAUUAUGAAGUGAUUUCAUAAUAAAGAGAAAUAAGAACAUCCUGAUACAAACUUGUUUUGGGGAUUAGAUGUUGUCAAAUAUUUGCCUUUAAUGAGUCCAAAAGCCACUUAAGAUUGUUUAUACUGAUUUAAAACAUUAGAGAUUGAGACUUUCAGCUCCUUUUUGGGCUCAUUUGGUGGUGUUGGAUCACAAACACAAAAACGAAAAUAAUAUUAAGUGAUUCGGGUUAUCUAAAUGGCUUUUACAAUGACACAAUGAUUGUUUUGAUUAACAUAGGUUUAUAUGUAUGUUUGUAUGUAUAGAAGUUCUAUAUCACAUUACAAUUAAAAAAACAGUGAAUACAGAACUGAGGUUGGGUUGUGUCUUUCCAAGAAACUAAAUAAAUACCUAACACU